AUGAGCACAAUUGAGGCACGCGUGAGGUGGCAGCACGGCCAGAACGACGUCCAGUUCAGGCGACAUGUGUCGACGCAAUCUUCACGCCCGUGGUGCCUGUACUGUAGGCUCGUGUGUAGGGCAAAUGUGCCUGCACUGGGCGUCCGCCGAGGUCAGGGUGCCGGCUCGGCCACGGCGCAUGAUUGCCCGCCGUGGGCCGGCCACCUCGACGUCCAAGCCCGGCAGCGUCAUGCAUCCGGCGACAGAUGGCGACUCCGAAAGUAUCCUGACCUGCCCAUGCCCAUCGCGCGACUUGUCUCGGCCCCCCACGUAUGCGACGACGAUGACGCCCAUGAUGACGCAACGGACAGGACAGAUGGCACGGCUGUCCCCCAAUGCCGAUGCAUGUCGUCAUUCGCGCUCAGCCCGACGACGCCCCAGGCCGCACGCCCGCCGACGCGAUCCGAACGCGUGCUCGCGCAGCAGGUGCAUGCGAUGGCAGUGCGGCCCAUGGCAGGCAAACGAUGGCCGUCGAGAAGAGCAAUCGCCGUGCGACCCGGCUCGCGUCGGCAUGUCGGGGGUUCGGGGGUUACCAGACGGUCCGGAGUUUUCCACAACCCCCACGGCAGCGCUGCAGCCGCAGCUGGAGGACCUCGUAUUGGCUCAAACGAACAGUGCAUCACACCCUACCGUAGCAUGGUGGUCGUUGGAAAAUGUACCGUCCGCAGCACUUCUGGGGCACGUCGCAUGCUGUGCGGUCUGGCAUCCCCGUGGCAGGGUGGUGCGGAGCGUCGUUGA